AUGACUCCUACAAUCCUCAUCGCUGGCGCAACGGGCAACACUGGUCGAAGUGUCGUCGAGACUCUCUCCCGUUUUCUGGGUAAUAGCGAUGUUUCGCCUGACACUCGCAUCCUUGCUCUUACGCGUUCCAUCGAUUCGUCGGCUGCCCAGCAUCUUGCAAGUCUCCCUAGUGUUACAGUGAUCGAGAAGAACUGGGUCGAUAUCAAUGCCUCUUGGCUGCGCGAACAGAACGUCAUCAAGGCUUUCAUCGCAUCACACAACGGUCCGAGCCAAUUCGCCGAGGAAUCGACCUUCCACCAGGCCGCACUGAUGGCCGGCGUACAGUACGUUGUGCGCAUCUCCACAACGGCUGCCAACGUCCGUCCAGACUUCGAGGCUUACUACCCGCGGACUCAUUGGGCUAUUGAGACCAUGUUGAGUUCGCCAGAAUUCAGAGAACUCAAGUGGACGUCCUUACAGCCAAACAUUUUCUUCUCGGCACAUCUUUACAGUGCGGUUGAGUUUGUCAAAGAAUACCGUCAAACGAAGAAGCAGGGAAUUCUGAAGCUCAUCGCCGACAAGGACGCACCCGUAGGCGCAAUAGACCCUGACGACAUUGUGAUGGAGGAGGCAAUUGGUGAGCCCGUGGACAACGUCGAGUACAGGGAUGUGUCUCUUGUGGACGCUAUGGUAUUGGCAACAAAAGAGUCCAAGAACGUGAUAUCCUCGAUCAAAGCUGCUCCAGUCACGCUGUGGGAAGGCAAAUGCCCGGCGUCGACCACAAGCAAAGAAGUCAUCGAAAUAGCCGCGCCCAACCGUUCAGUCAUUGAUGCGUGGAAAGCCCUCCUGUCUGCAAACUAA